ACCGCCUGAAACUCGGUUGCUGAUUGGCUGACUGGUCGCUAUGUGGUCGCACAGAAAGCUUAGCUGCAGAGAGGUUUCUGCGUGUGAAGUGUCACAAACCCACUCGGAUAAAUGGUGCUUCUCACGGGGCUCCUCAAUCAUGGAGUUACUAGUUCAGUACCUGGACAGGAGCAACUCUUUUAGCUCUGACAUUACUCAAGAUCUUAUCAAGGAGGAGAGGCUGAGAGAUGACCUGAGGUACUACUUCAUGAGCCCCUGUGAGAAGUACAGGACCCGUCGACACAUACCAUGGAAAAUGGGAGUUCAGAUUCUGAAGAUUGUCAUGAUCACUACACAACUCAUCCUGUUUGGUCUCAACAACCAGCUGGUGGUUGCCUACAAGGAGGAAACCACCAUGGCCCUGAAAAACCUUUUCCUGAAAGCCUACACUGGGGUGGAUGAGGAUGACUACAGUGUUGCUGUUUACACACAGCAUGCCGUCUUCGACAGCCUGUUUUACGUCCUACAUCAGUACAGCCAGUUGGGCCGGCUCUCUGUGGGCCCAAUCAGUUAUGCAGAGGAUGAAAAUGGAAAGUUUCUGCCUCUCACCAUCUGUAAAGCGUACUACAAAAGAGGCAGCCGGGAGCCUUCAGAUGAGGCCUAUGAUAUUGAUGCCCACCUUGAAACAGUCUGUAUGUCACAUGAUCCAAGGACUGCAAAUAUGUGGAAAACCCAGAAUGCAUCAUUUUUUGAUUUGGACUUUUACAGGCUUGUUGACAUCAAAAUAACUUUCCAGCUGAAGGGAAUCAACCUGCAGACAGUCCGACACCGGGAGCUUCCUGACUGCUAUUUGUUCCAUGUUACGAUUACAUUUGAUAACCAGUGCCAUAGUGGAAAGGUAAAGUUAUUCCUGGACAUAGAUGCUGAAAGCAGUACAUGCAAAGACUGGAAGAUAUCUGGAACAGCUCAGAAGAACACACACUAUCUGCUGAUGUUUGAUGGCUUCGUCAUUCUGGUUUGCAUAACAUCAGCUGUGUUAUGCACACGCUCCAUCAUACUGGCUGUCAGGUUACUCCAGAGAUUCUCGCAAUUCUUUCAAGAGAACUUCAAUCAUAAAGUGUGUGCAGAGGACCAGAGCGAGUUCCUGAAUGGCUGGUAUGUUAUGGUCAUCGUCAGCGACCUGCUGGCAAUAAUUGGCUCCAUACUGAAGAUGGAAAUUCAAGCAAAGAGUCUUACAAGUUAUGAUGUGUGCAGCAUCUUUCUGGGCACCUCUACAUUACUGGUAUGGGUCGGGGUCAUUAGGUACCUGGGAUACUUCCAGAAAUAUAAUGUCCUUAUUUUAACCAUGAAAGCCGCCUUCCCUAAAGUUCUUCGUUUCUGUUGCUGUGCUGGCAUGAUCUACCUCGGUUACACAUUCUGUGGGUGGAUUGUACUGGGACCGUACCAUGAAAAGUUUGAGGGCCUGAGUCGGGUUGCAGAGUGCCUGUUCUCCCUGCUGAACGGUGACGACAUGUUUACCACCUUCGCUCAGCUGAAGGACAAAAAUACCCUGGUGUGGCUCUUCAGUCGGGCUUACCUCUACUCCUUCAUCUCCCUGUUCAUCUACAUGGUGCUGUCCCUUUUCAUCGCCCUCAUCACCGACUCCUAUGAAACCAUCAAGAACUACCAGAGUGAUGGGUUUCCGCUGACUGAUUUACAGAAAUUCCUUCUGGGGCAUAAAGAUUUUCCUCUGCUAGAACAAAAUGGGCAGACAGAAGUUGAGCUUAGCAACUCUGUAUGCCGCUACUGCUGCUGCCAGCGCUAUGACAGCGAUGCUAAGGCGCUUGCCUAAUAUUCCAGCCUUGUUCAAACCUUUUGUUAGCAAAAAUCACAUCUGCCUUCUAGCAUGAAUGUAACAUGAGAUUUGUUGUGAAUUCUAUGUGUACUGAAGAUUAAUAGUUGGUUCUGAAUUUUAUAACUAUGGUGCCUCUUUCACUCUGCUCAGUCCUCUUGGGUUUUCCUCUAUUAAUGGUAACGAUGUCUGUUUCAUUUGCCAAGAUGGUCAGUUGUAUGCAAGUUGAGAUGCAAUGUCGACAUCUUGAGUUGAGCCUUAUCAGUCUCUGAAAACAAAGGAAAUUGAUUGCUUGACAGUUGGAGCAAUAAACUGAAAGAAAAAUCCCUUUUCCUGAUCUCCUUUUACUGCAAACUCCCAUCAGUCUUAUCUAUGUUGGCAUAUUUAUAUCAGAUAGAAUUAGUGAUGUUUUCCUAAGAGAAUUUGUACUAAUUAUGAAAAUAUUUACCUUCUUCCAUCUGAAAGCUAUUCAGAGCUUGGGUCAAAGAUUGACGGCACAUCCAACUUCACACGGUUUUAGUAACCAAUUUAAAAGAUGCUGGGAUUAUUUUUUUUUGCCCUGGAUUUGCCUUUUAUUAAACCCCUGCAGCAACACCUUCAUUAAAUGCUUGUACAGUA